CAGGGGCGGCGGCGGCGGCGGCGGGACCAUGGCAGGGCCCCGGGCCGCGCUGCUGGCCUGGUGCCGCAGCCAGUGCCGGGGCUACCCCGGCGUGGAGAUCCGGGACCUGAGCGGCUCCUUCCGGGACGGCCUGGCCUUCUGCGCCCUCCUGCACAGCCACCGGCCCGAGCUGCUAGAUUUCGACUCGCUCUCCAAGGACAACGUUUAUGAAAAUAACCGCCUGGCCUUUGAGGUGGCGGAGCGCGAGCUGGGCAUCCCGGCCCUGCUGGACCCCAACGACAUGGUCUCCAUGAGCGUGCCCGACUGCCUGAGCAUCAUGACCUAUGUGUCCCAGUAUUAUAACUAUUUCACCAACCCCAGCCAAGCCGGCGUCUCUCCACCCAGGAAGUUCCCAGCUGCUCCUUCCUCUUCCUCAUCCGGGGCAGCUCCCCACGCUGAUGCUGAAGGUGGCGGGAUCCAGGAGGAGCGGGCGGCGGCCCCCGAAAGCCUGGCGGAGCAGGGCUCCCGCGGCAUCCCCAGCAGCACCUGCGCCUCCUGCGGGCAGCACGUCCACCUGGUGCAGCGGUACCUGGUGGAGGGCAAGCUCUACCACCGCCAGUGCUUCAGGUGUAAGGAGUGCUCCAGCACGCUGCUCCCCGGAGCCUACAAGAACGGGCCGGAGGUGGGCACCUUUGUGUGCACCCAGCACCGGGGCAAGCUGGGCCCCCAGGGGGGCGCCGAGGGCAGGCCCCGAGCGGCCCUGCUACCCCCAGACGCGGCCGGCCCGGCGGAGGACAGCGAGGAUGCUGCCGUCUCCAGGAGGCUCCGGGGGGAGCCCCAGCCCGGCUCGGAGCCCCCGCCUCAGACUGUGUGCAAGCCCCCCCUUCCCAGCAAGCCUCAGGAGCUGGGCUCCCCGCCGGCCCCCCGGCCGACCCCCGCGCCCAGGAAGGCCUCGGAGACGUCCGCCAGCCCCCAGCCCGUCCCCCGGCCGCGCUCCAGCGUGCAGGGGGAGAGCCCCGGGGAGCAGGGCGGCUGCCUGGUGAACGGACGGCUGCAUGACUCCAGCCCCCCAGUCCCCAAACCACGUGGGCCGCCCAGGGCCUCCGACCGAGCUACAGCCCCCAAGAAGAAGGACCCCCCGUGGAUGGCCUUGGUUCAGGCAGAGCCCAAGAAGAAGCCUGCCCCUCCGCCUCCCGGCAGCCGCCCUGAGACUCCCUCGCGGGCCACUGAGGAGGGAGAGAGCCAAGGAGAGAGCGCGGCUCCGGAGCAGGAGAGCCGGCCGGCCGCUCCCGAGCCCAGGCCCUACAACCCCUUUGAGGAAGAGGAAGAAGAAGAAGAAGCAGCCCCGGGCCCCCCGAAUCCUGCAGAGCAGGCCCCCAAGACUUUGCACCCCUGGUAUGGCAUCACCCCCAACAGCAGCCCCCGGACGAAGAAGCGGCCGGCUCCGCGAGCCCCGAGCGCCUCCCCCCUCGCUCUGCACCCUCCCGGCCCCCCCACACCUCGCCUCUCGCACUCAGAGCCGCCUUCUUCGACCCCGUCUCCGGCCCUCAGCGUGGAGAGCCUCUCGUCGGAGAGCUCCGUCCCAGCCCCUGGGGAGCCGGAGCCCCCCGUGGUGCCCAAGAGCUCCUCUGAGCCCACCGUGCACGCCCCGGGCGCCCCGGCCAGCCUCUCGGCCUCCUCCUCUGAAGAGGUGGCCCCGCCACGCCGGGACCAAGCCUCCCCCAGCCCCUCCCCGAGCCCCUCCGCCAGCCGUGCCAAAGGGCCCCUGAGCCCCCUGCCCGCCAAGCCCUGCGCCGGGGCCACCCCCACCCCGUUCUUGUUGGUGGGAGAAAGCAGCCCUCCGUCCCCUCAGCUGCAGGUGAAGUCCUCCUGCAAAGAGAACCCCUUUAAUCGGAAGGCAUCCCCUAUGUCUUCCCCAACGACGAAGAAAACCCAGAGGGGCCCCAAGCCCGCGCGGCCGCCUGCGCCCGGACACGGCUUCCCGCUCAUCAAACGGAAGGUCCAGGCUGACCAGUACGUCCCAGAGGAGGAUCUCUAUGGAGAGAUGGAUGUCAUCGAGCAGCAGCUGGACCGGCUGGAGCACCGUGGGGUGGCCCUGGAGGAGAAGCUCCGCAGUGGGGAGAAUGACGGGCGGGAGGAUGACCUGCUGGUAGACUGGUUCAAGCUGAUUCAUGAGAAGCACAUGCUGGUCCGGAGGGAGUCGGAGCUCAUCUAUAUCUUCAAGCAGCAGAACCUGGAGCAGCGCCAGGCCGAUGUGGAAUAUGAGCUGCGCUGCCUUCUCAACAAGCCAGAUAAGGACUGGACAGACGAAGACCGGGGAAGGGAGAAGGUGCUGAUGCAGGAGCUGGUGACCCUCAUCGAGCAGCGCAAUGCCAUCGUCAACUGCUUGGAUGAAGACCGGCAGAGGGAAGAAGAGGAAGACAAAAUGUUGGAAGCCAUGAUCAGGAAGAAAGAGUUUCACAAGGAGGCGGAACCUGGGAUAAAGAAGAAAAGCAAAUUUAAAAACAUGAAGGUGCUGAAGCUGUUGGGAAACAAGCAUGAUCCCAAAAGCAAGUCCUCAAAAGACAAGAGCUAAGAGCCUCAUGGAGUGUGUGGCCGCCCGUUUCCGUGUGGCCGCCCGUUUCUGCGUGGCUGCCCAUUUUUGUGUGGCCGCCCGUUUCUGCGUGGCCGCCUGUUUCUGUGUGGCCGCCCAUUUUUGUGUGGCUGCCUGUUUCUGUGUGGCCGCCCAUUUUUGUGUGGCCGCCCGUUUCUGCGUGGCCGCCCAUUUUUGUGGCCUCCUGUUUCCAUGUGGCCACCUGCCUCUUCCCUGCCUGUUGGCUUCCUCCCGUGUUGGGCUGGGCCCAUACUUGGUCUCCUCAAUGAUAAUGGAAGCUGUGGCCCCUCUUUUCUCUAGGGAGGGGGGUCCCAACACCAAUGAGAGGGCUUCCAGGAUGGGGAGGUCCCCUUCUCUGCCUCCUCCAGCUGAGUAGGGCCAGAGAGUUCCUCCCCUUUCCCUGGCUGUGGAUGUCAGGAAGCGCGGCAGCAGGAAAGUAGACUAUUUAUUCAGCGGUGUUUUCACGGUUAUUAUUAUUGACUGAGCAGUAAAGGAUCUGGGGGUCGUACCCCUGUCCCCCCUCUUUAGUCUCCUUCCACUUCUAGAAAGCUUCCUGUGAUUGAGGUGGCUUCUGUGUCCCAGAGGCAGCAGUCCCUCUCCCCUUCCCCCCCCACAUACACCCCCCCCCCCCCCAACAGGAGCUAUUUAUUAAUGAUCAGUGGGUUGGAGUUCAGUCCAGACUGGCAGACGGGGCUGCCUCAGUUGGUCUCACAGGGGAAGAAUAGAAGGGAUUACCGCCAGAAGUGUCCUUCCCACAGCCCUGAAGUGGCUCCUCCCGGGCAGCACCAGGAGACGCCAUCCCUCUCCUCUUCUCCCACUAACUUCCCGGCCCAGCGCUCUCCAGCACCUGUCACUUGGCACAGGUAGAGCAGAUGGCUCGUUUCCAUUUCCACGUGGGGAAGGGAACUUCCGGAAUGUAACCCUUGUGGAAGGGGAAGUCCCCUGGACUCCGAGACCUCAGCUCGUCCUGAUCAGCUCCUCCAGAGCCAGCGUCUUCACUUCCCACACCUGGGCUGGCCCAGUGACCUCUGGGGCCGGGCUGGCGCGGUCACAGAGCUCAGUGAAAGACCCCACUGUAUCAUCUUGGGGAUGUGCUUUUCCCCCAAAUAAAUUGAACCCAAUUAAUUUGCCCCCCA